GCCUUUUCCAUCAAUUAGUCUUCUCCAGAAGAAAUCUUUGCAAGGACCAGGUACUCAUGGCUUCUUCUGCUCUGACUUACUCAAGGAGAAUCCACGUCUUCCCUAACUUCCAUGGCCCAGAUGUACGUCGAACAUUUCUCAGUCAUUUACACAGAGAAUUUGUGAGCAAAGGGAUCGUGGCCUUCAAAGAUAAGGAGAUCGAAAGAGGCCACACGAUCGGACCUGAUCUCGUACAAGCGAUUAGAGAAUCGAGGGUCUCCAUCGUUGUGCUCUCCAAGAAUUAUGCUUCAUCGGGCUGGUGCUUAGAUGAGCUGGUGGAAAUCUUGAAGUGCAAAGAAGAUCAAGGCCAGGUUGUGAUGACUAUUUUUUACGACGUUAACCCGUCUGAUGUUCGAAAACGGUGUGGCGAUUUCGGAAGAGCUUUCGAAACAACUUGUCAAGGAAAAACAGAGGAAGUGAAGCAGAGAUGGAACAAGGCUUUGACUGAUGUCGCUGACAUAGCCGGAGAACACUAUCUCAAUUGGGAAGAUGAAGGGGAGAUGGUAGAAAAUAUUGCCGCAGAUGUUUCCAAAAAACUGAAUCUCACACUCUCAAGAGAUUUUGAGGGCAUGGUUGGAAUGGAAGCACACUUGAGGAAAUUGGACUCUUUGUUGUGCCUAGAGUGCGAUGAAGUGAAGAUGAUUGGAGUUUGGGGUCCUGCGGGUAUUGGUAAGACCACCAUUGCUAGAGCUUUAUUCGAUAAACUCUUUAGCCAUUUCGGACUUAGUUGUUUUAUGGGUAACCUCGAGGGAGGUCUCAAGAAGAGCAUAAGGGGUGUCGAUGACUAUGCUUCCAAGUUGUGUUUACAAAGCCAAUUUCUGUCCGAAAUUUUGAACCAAAAAGAUAUGAAGAUACGACAUUUAGGUGCAGUAAAAGAAUGGCUACAAGACCAAAAAGUGCUUAUAGUUCUUGAUGGUGUCGAUGAUCUAGAGCAAUUAGUGGUUUUGGCUAACGAGCCUUCCUGGUUUGGUUCCGGAAGUCGGAUCAUCGUUACUACGGAAGACAAAAAGAUUUUGACGGCACAUGGUAUAAAUGUUAUCUACAAUGUUGAUUUUCCAUACGAAGAAGAAGCUCUUGAAAUCUUCUGCCUAUCUGCUUUCAAAAAAGCUUCUCCACAAGCUGGUUUUGAAAAGCUUGCAAAGAAAGCAGCAAAGAUUUGCGGUAAUCUCCCGUUAGGCCUUUGUGUUGUAGGCUCAUCUUUGCGUUGUGCGACCAAAUCCGAGUGGGAGCUUCAGUUAUCUGGGAUUGAAAAUAGUCUUGAUAAGAAAAUUGAGGACGUAUUAAAAGUGGGAUAUGACAGAUUGUCGAAGAAACAUCAAGCUAUCUUUCUCCACAUAGCAUGCUUCUUCAACAAUGAGAAUGUUGAUCACGUGACAACCAUGCUCUCUGAUAGUAACUUGGAUUUCAGAAAUGGGCUGAAGACCCUAGCCGAUAAAUCUCUGGUGUUUAUAUCAACUGAUGGGAAGAUAGUGAUGCAUUAUCUACUCCAACAAAUGGGUAGAGAGGAAGUUGUAAACCACUCUGACGAGCCGGGGAAACGUCAGUUUCUAGUGGAAGCUCAAGAUAUUCUCAAUGUACUGGCAAAUGGAACAGGUACUGAAUCUGUUGUCGGCAUAUCCUUUGAUACGUCCAGGAUCGGGGAGUUGUUUAUACAUCGUAGAGCCUUUGAAAGAAUGCAUAAUCUCCAAUUUUUAAGAAUUUUCAUGAAUCAUUCCAAUGAAAACUUAAGCUUGUGCACAAUAGAGGGCAUGGAUUAUCUUCCUCGUCUAGAAGACAUGGAGUUUCUACCUCGUCUAAGAUUAUUAGAUUGGAGUUCAUACCCAGGAAAAUGUCUUCCUCAAUCACUUCGUCCUGAAUUUCUCAUCAAGCUUAAUAUGCCAUCCGGAAAAUUCGAGAAGCUAUGGGGUGGAAUCCAGCCCCUUGUAAAUCUGAGGAAGGUGAAUUUGAACUUUUGUUUCAAGUUGAAAGAGAUCCCAAAUCUUUCUAGAGCUACUAAUCUCGAGACGUUGACAUUUAUCCAAUGCACGAACCUGGUGAAGUUUCCUUCCUCUAUUGUGAAUCUAUACAAACUAACAACGGUGAGGAUGUGGGGUUGCAAAAAUCUACUGGUUGUUCCAACCGACACCAACUCACAGUAUCGUAACCUGAUGUGUACCUCAGUAUUGAGAAGUUUUCCAGAUAUUACUAGGAACAUCAAUAAUCUAUGGUUCGGGAGUUCAUCAUUUGUUGGUCGAAACCGCAACAGAGACUUCAAGAGAUUACCCCAUGUUCCAGAAAAGAGCUCCAGAGAUUCACCUCAUGUUCCACAAAGUUUAUGCAAGAUAGACCUAAGCGGCAGUGAUAUAGAGAGGAUUCCAGAUUACGUCAGCGGUCUCCAUCGGUUACAAACUCUUUUCAUCGAAAACUGUACAAAACUCAUAUCAGUGGAGGGUCUCCCCAGUUCUCUCAAGUUCUUGCAUGCAAACGGUUGUGUUUCACUUGAGAGAGUGGAAUUCUCAAUGCUUUUACGAGAUCCAGAUUCAAUCAGAGAUCUCAUGUUUCGUGACUGUUGGAGACUUGAUGAGGAAGCAAGAAGAGAAAUCAUAAAUAGUAGGUUUGCCAAAUAUGUAUGCUUACCCGGUAUACAAGUCCCCGCGGAGUUCAUUCACAAAGCUAGAUCAAACUACAUAACCAUCUCUCCAGGGAAUUUCUGCACUGCCUACUCAAGAUUUAAGGCUUGCGUUCGGCUUGAUUCAAUCAAAGAUAACACAUUUUCUAGUGUAGAUUGUUAUAUAAGAAGCAAAGAAGGUGUCAUCAUUAACCAAGUCAACUAUCUGACUAAAAUAAAUCCAGGCCAGCCUCCUCAAAUUCGAACACCUCAUCUCUUUAUAAUUGGUGAUAAAUUGUCACACCAAAGAAACAAAAGCCGCUCUGAAGUGGAUGUGGAUACAAGCGAGAUGAUUUUUCAAUUCACCAGCUCAGAUAACCACACAAUUAGGGAGUGUGGUGUACGGAUCUUCAAGGAGAAGCCCUGCUUUGAAACCGGAGACAACAAAAACGACCCGACAUAUGACCAUGAUAUUGAUGGAAACUGUGAACCUGAAGCUGUAGGCAACAUUAGCAACCAAUCAAAUAAGGCGGAAGCUGUGGAAGUCUCUCAAGUUGAUAAUUUGGAAAGCAGUAAACACACAGGUCUUUGGGGGUUACUUAGGAAGCUUGGUCUAGGGAAGAACAGGAAGAUGAAAAAGGCAGAAACUCCAUUCUGUGCUUGACUCUGCUUGUAGUGAGGGUUGUGAUAGUAAGUGGAAAGUUAUCAGCUGGAAAUGAGAGAUUGCAUAUUUUUACUAGUUCAUUACUCAAACCUUUUGAUGAAUAUAUAGAAAUUCCUAGAGCCUGAGACCUGUAAAUAGGGGUGUUACCGAAUAUACCGAAUGAAUGUUAUUUUCAAGAAACUACAGUAUAUGGAUAUGGUUUGGUAUACAAACAGAUGAAACCAAAUAAAUCGAUCAAUUAAAAUAUAGUAGUAUAAUUAUAUGUAAAUUAUGUAAUAUAAUGAAUAAUACAUACCUAAUUUAUUUUAUUGAUAUGAUCGUCAUACUUAUAAUGUUGAUUUUAGUACUUUUAUAUUAUAUUUUAAGUUAAAAACUAUUCUUUUCAUUUUUAUCAAAUUAAAAAAAAAACAUAUUUUUUACUCUUUUGUUGACAAAUGGCUAAUAUUUAGUUAUUUGUAAUAUUAUGAAUUACUAUUUUCUUAUUUUUAUUCUGUAAAAACUAUUAUUAUUAACUUAACAUGCUUACUAAUUAUUUUAAAUAGUAAAAGUAUAGUCUAUUUAAAACUGAUAUCUUCAUGUUAUGUUAAAGCCGAUAUCUAAUCAUAUAAAGUAAAAUUCAUGAAAAUAUUAUAAAAGAUAUAUAUAUAUAUAUAUGGUAUUUCGGUAUAAAACCGAAAAAACUGAAAAUCGACGGUAUAUAAACCGAACCAAACCAAA